CCCUCGGACGGACGGAGUCGCGCCCUCCCUCCCGGAGCCGCCGAACUUGCUGUAACUUCCUCGGCCGAGCCCGGCCGCCGCCGCCGCCGUGCCGGGAUCCUGCUUCUCAGAAGAUGCACUAUUACAGAUACUCUAAUGCCGAGGUCAGCUGCUGGUACAAGUACCUCCUUUUCAGCUAUAACAUCAUCUUCUGGUUGGCUGGUGUUGUCUUCCUUGCAGUCGGACUGUGGGCAUGGAGCGAAAAGGGGGUGCUGUCUGACCUCACCAAAGUGACCCGGCUCCAUGGAAUCGACCCCGUGGUGCUCGUCCUGAUGGUGGGCGUGGUGAUGUUCACGCUGGGCUUUGCCGGCUGCGUGGGGGCCUUGCGGGAAAACAUCUGCCUGCUCAAGUUUUUCUGCAGUGCCAUUGUGCUCAUCUUCUUCCUGGAGCUGGCCGUGGCCGUGUUGGCCUUCCUGUUCCAGGACUGGGUGAGGGACCGCUUCCGGGAGUUCUUUGAGAGCAACAUCAAAUCCUACCGGGACGACAUCGACCUGCAGAACCUUAUUGACUCCCUUCAGAAAGCAAACCAGUGCUGUGGGGCAUUUGGCCCUGAAGAUUGGGACCUCAACAUCUACUUCAACUGUAGUGGCGCCAGCUAUAGCCGUGAGAAGUGUGGGGUGCCUUUUUCCUGCUGCGUGCCGGACCCUGCGCAAAAAGUUGUGAAUACACAGUGUGGAUAUGAUGUCAGGUCUCAGCUGAAGAGCAAGUGGGAAGAGUCCAUCUUCAUCAAAGGCUGUAUCCAGGCGCUGGAAGGUUGGCUCCCGCGGAACAUUUACAUCGUGGCUGGCGUAUUUAUCGCCAUCUCGCUGCUGCAGAUAUUUGGCAUCUUCCUGGCGAGGACCUUGAUCUCUGACAUUGAGGCAGUGAAGGCUGGCCACCAUUUCUGAGGAGCAGAGCGAGUGGAGCGAGCUGAGCCAGGCUGUGGAGGCCAGAAUCCUUCACUGUCAUUAACUUUAUGUCCAGUGAAAGCGAAGUGGACACGCGCAACUGGAGCCAGCACCCCAUCUUCAGCAUCAGAGUGACAUGACCUGUUUCUGCUUGUUGGUGCUGAAGACAGAGACUAUGUCUUUGAGUGGGAUGGUGACUGACAGGCAGACUGUGGCUUUGACGAGGCUUGACUUGGUCCUCCUGGAGCCCAACUGUGUCUACAGGGCCCCACCCCCGCCCCCAGCCUCCUUAUCAUUCAUGUCAUUUGUGCUGGCCUGUAGGGCAGCCUCAUCUGUGAAUAGGACGCUGGUAGAGGAGCCAGCAGGUGUGGACAGACCUCCCAGCAGCAUAUGGGCGCUGCCUGCAAUUGGGACGGGAGUUUUACACUUGCAGUCAGAGGCGCAAGUGGACCUCUGAGUCCAGUAGGACCUUGGUGUCUGCACAAUUUGGGGCUUGUUUGCAGGCUCCUCAGCCAUGUCCAAGUGAAGUAGCCUGAGCCACUGUGUGGACUGGAGCCGUGGGCUCAGGCCACUUGCCCACUGCCCCUCCCUCUCAGCAGCAUUAUGCCCUGUUGGCACAAGGGGAGCUAUGGGCAUGGUUCUCUGUUGAGAGCCGGCUCUCUUUUUCUUACAGUGUGUAAAUAAUUUAUUUAUAGCAUAAGGAUGUUUUCACACCAUUUCUUCAUUUCCUCCGGCAUUCUCCUCCAAGCAGCCUUACACAGUGUCUGGGACUGAAGCCAUCCCUUUCAGUUCCCAUGAGUGUCUCAAGAACUCCCCCAUUGCUUCUCCUUUUCAUCCCUAACAACCCCAUUAAGUGCACAUAUGUGUCCCUUCUCUGUGCGCCCCCAACAUGCACACACCCACACCCUCCCUAGCUGGAACUCAUUGUCUUCUAGUCUUGGUGCUACUGAAACUGUCCCUGGAACUUGAAUCUGAUCUCCCCUCUCCCUUCCCUCCCCAGGAGCUCUAGGCAGAGAUAGCCAGCCUGAAGCCUUUGGCCACGGCUCCUCUCAAACAUUUGCCACGAGCCUGCCGGCCAGCCUGGCAUUUGCCUGUCCCUGGAGAGAGAAGCUGUGCAGCCAGGCCCCGAGCCCACCCGCAGACCCCAGCCUGCGACCGUUCAGAUGCUCGGCAUGUUUUGUUACCAACUCUCGUGGCAACUCCGCCAGGCCGAGAUAUAUGUGGUCACUGUGUCUGCCCUUCCUGUCAGGGCUAUUCUGGGGCUUGCUCUUGGAAAUGAAGUCUGUUUUAUGUGCUGAUUAACCCCUGCUGGGAAUAGAUAGCUGGGGCAUUUGUCCAUCUUUGGCUGCUUUCUAAUAUUUCUCUGGGUCUUGUACCAGUUCUGUCCUUUUUGUUCAGGGGUUGAGUGCUACCUUCACUUAAUUGCUGAAGUGUACAUUCUAGUGCUGUGUAUGUUCAUUGUAGUGUCUGUUCAUGAUGUUAUUAUAAUUUUUUUUUUUUUACCAUUUUCUCUGUAGCCUAGGGAAUGAAGAGAAUGGUUUUUUUUUUUUUUUUUUUUUGCCAAACUUUUAUGGAAUAUAUCUUUGUAUUAAAGGUAUUGUUUUAGCUGUUUGUGUUUUGGCAUUAAACAUCUCAGUGGUACACUCACUUGCCAAGGGAACCAGUGGGAUAGGGUGUGAUAGAUACCACAGAAGGGUAGAUGGCCCAGUCCUUCACUGGCACAAUCUGAAGUAAAUUUCAUAAGUGAUUUUUCUUUUUAGAUUCUAUGUGCCACUUUCAAUUAUCCUUUGUUUGGAGGUGACAGCUGGGACAAGCUGGCUUGUGGCUUAGCUCUGCCCAGCUAGAAGUAUGAGAUGGAAGGAUUCUGACUCCAUAGGCCUGGAAGAUACAUUACUUUAGGUUCUCUCUCCCUAGCCCCAGGCAAUAUCCAGACAAAAGAGCUUGGGGACAGUGAGUUGGAAUCUUGGCACUGCUACUGCAUGAGCUAUAUGUCCUAGACCUGCUAGCCUGUUUUUGAAAGAGUAAGUGGCUGUGUCCACCUUGCUAGGUACCUUUCCAGGUGCCCCAGACCCUCAUGCAGGUGUGUGGAUACCAACACCUGGUGGACAGCUGCCACAAUCCCAUCAUUCAGGUAGACCUGGUGACUGGGCCCUUUGAGAGUCUCUCCAAAGAGCAUAGUCCAGUUCAAGGUGAAUUCUAGCUGUGACUUUUUCACAGCUGGAUUUGUUUUUCAAUUAAUUUACAGAACUGCUGGGCCAUUUUCAACCAUCUCAGCUGACUGAGUUGUUGGAUGAGGGUAGAAAAGAAGCCCAGGAUCAGGGGUGCACACAGGAGCAUUUCCAGUGGAGAAGGGUCCUCCUCAGAGAGCUACACUCCCAGGCCCUUCCCACCCACUGCCGUCCUGGCCCGCCUACCCCGAAUCCCUCCCCCUUCACGCUUUGAUGUUUCAGAGUCUCUCCCUGUUGUGCCCUCCUGCCCACCUCCUCCUAGGACUUUACCACUUUGUUGCUGAUUCCACUGCGUCUGCCUCUCUCCCCAUCACAUGUACCCCAUCUUCCCACAGCUUACCUGGGCCCUCUUGCCUCUUUCCCAGGCAGCUUCUUAGCGGGGCUGUCUUGUUACCCAUCACCCCAACCCACCCCCACUCUGCAGUCACCAGACCCAAGUGGGCAUCUGCAACGUCUGACUUUGGACCACUCUGUCCUCCAAAUCCUUGGCUUGGGCCCGUGCUUGCCAGGUCACUGAUCUCUCUCCCCGUGCUUUGUAUGCCUCCACUGCACCUGCCACUGUCCCCCUUACCAGGGUCCAGGGUCUCACAGGGCAGUGCUGUGAGCUGGGCAGGAAAACCAGUGGCACUGGUUGGUGCACGAGAAGCCUAUGUUUGUCUUUACCAUGUGAGCAGCAAUAAAAAUUAAUGGAUAUACAACCUUUCUGGAACAUAGGAAGUGCUCAGAGUACCUACUUAACAGUAAGCUCCUUCAAUCACAAGAACAGCUCCGAGGAAGCCAUAUUUGUGCCCAAAACUUUAGACUUGGAGAAAGGGAAGGUAUUGCCAAGGAUUUGGAAGAACUGGUUCAAACUCUGAAAGCCUUGCCCAGAACCUGUACCUGCCAUUAAAAUAGGUUUGGUGCCCAUCAGUCUUGGAUUCUGAAUUAGCUCGUGCUGAGCAAAACCAGCAGAGGGCAAGCCAGAGAAGCAGAGGCUUCCUGAGGUUAUCCACUUAAUUGAACUCUAUUGACAGGUUAACAGGCGUUUGGAGAAAGCCAGAGAACACUGAUUCCUGCCUCAUACCUGGAUUUGGAUGCUUGGUUUGGCUUUGGGGACCCAUGGGAGAACAUGGUAUUUCUCCCAAGGAGCUCAGCUCCACCUUGCGCUGGAGAUCCUGUCUCUGGGCACUGGGCUUACUUCUCUGCAAUCCCACUGGAGACAGCCUUCUUUCCAGGAGACAUCAGCAGGGGAUCCCUUGGGGUAUCAUGGCCAUGCACAUAGAGCCAAGUGGCCAGAGGAGGCUGGAUCAAAGACUGACUAAGGAGGGGAAGGGCCUCAGUCUCGGCAGCAGGGACCACCUGAUUACUCAUUAGCCAAAAACCUCAGAGCAUGGAUGGUGGAGGCUUAGAGAAAGGAGAGGGGCUAUUACAUGGGUCCCACAAGGCAUCCUCUUACCCUGGGAAGGUCCUGCUCAGGCCUCAGGUACUUUAGCUCUGUCACCAAGUGGUCUGAUGCCCUCAGCUGUACCUGGUGAGUGGUACAUCUGUGAGACCUGCAUGGUGGGCUUCUCUAGCUCCAGGGUGAUGCAGGUGCUUGUGUCCACAGGACCAAAGGAUUUUCAGGUUGUCUACCUCCAAAUCGUGGUCACCUGUCCCCAGUGAUGAAUCAUGGUGUACAGGUACUUCCAUGUGCUUGUCUGUCAUCCAAGAGGGUGUCACCCGGGUCUCUCUGGCAGACUGGGCCUCCUGAAGAACCAUUCUCGUGCAUCUGGGAGUGCUCUCCAAAAAUCCAAACAGCCAUGUAUAAUUAUGAUUUUCCUAGGACCUUGUAUAGUCAACGGGACCUGGCCUCUCCUCAGAGGCUGCAAUAAAGGCAUAUUCAUUCUCAAAAUGCUUUUGGGGUUCCCAAGGUGGCUCAGGGAAAUCUGAAGGGGACACUGCACAAUGCGGACUGUGAUAAAACUUGGGAGGAAAAUAAAGUUAAGGAUACAUACAUCCAAGUGGACAUUGUUCUGCUAAAGUUACCCAUUUUAGAGAUUCCAGCUUUGGAGGAAUUGAAGUACAAAUUCCUUGCAAAGGUCUGAGACAAUCAUUUCUUCUUGCGUUGUAUAGCUUAUAUUUUAGCAGGGGUUUCAAAUGCAUGGUUUAAUAACCACCAGAAUAAAUUAUCACCUUGCACUGUAAUUUUAUCACCUCAAACAACUUUUAAACUAAUUUUGUUUAUAAGUAAAAACAAUCUAAAUAUAGUGUGAAGUGAAAAGACUGUCUCCUGUGUCCCAGAGGCAACCAUUAUUAAGUACCCUUCCAAAAAAUGUCCAUGUAUAUUCAAACAUAUUUUCUAUACCAUUGAGAAUCAUAUUUUACAUAGUACUCUGCAAUUAAUGUUACAGAACGCAUCUCGCCAUUCCUUUCCCACUGGUACAUCCAUGGUGCGUUUUCCCAGUCACUGGCCAUUGCAGAACGGCGGAGUGAAUUACUUUGCUCUGUAACAGGGAGUAGGUUCACAGCGGGUAACAGAAAACCCAGUGCAAACUGGCCUAAACCAUGAAGGACGCCUUUGGCCCUGAGACUGGAAAGUCCAGGGGCGAGGUUGGUUAGAUCUGAGUGGCUCUGAUGCCAGCUGCAGGAUCUAGUUUCCUGCUCUGCUCUGCCUCCCAGUGUCCCGCUCUCCUAAGCCAGAGGAAGGGACCACGGACAACACCUCCAGCCUCUGAUAUGGCUAGUGGGGAAGUGUUUCAGGGACAGACACCCCAGAAACCCCUGGGCUUGCCCAUCCCACCAAGAGCGCAUGCCCGGAAUUUACAGAUACUGGGGAAGGGGGUGGACACUGGGGAGCUGACAGCAACACUUCAGUGAACACACAUAGUUGGUGCGGACUUUUGCUCUUCGCAGGACUUAUAAACCCCCACAGUACUCUGUUACUGGAAUUACUUCCUGAAAGGGCUCAGAGGAAACACAUUUUGAAAGAUGGUCUUCAAGAAGGUGGAAUGGCAACCUACUGAGAGGAUACUGGGGGCAGAGGCGUGCUUGUGACUGCCAGGCGGUGGUGGGUGUGUACAGGGUUCCCUGAGUGUUGUGAUGUACAGGGUGACCAAGGGUGGUAAGGGCAGUGGGAGUGAUGCCUCCCCAAGGAAGUCCCCCUGCAGCUGCAGCCCCGUGAUCUGCAACAGCACAAGUUCCACAGGGAGGCAAGCUGGGCAAGGGAGUCCAGCCUUCUGACUUUGCCUGGGGAGGUGACUGGUUGGUUGGGAAUGCAGGGUUUUUGGGUGCCAUUCUCGUGUGUAGAUAAGGACAUGCACUCAGAGCCAGUGCUGCCCGUGGUGGCACAGGGAGGGAGCUGCAAAGUACAGGCAGGCACAGUGGGCUCCUGCCAGCUGUAGGGUGUGGCACUGAUGACAUCAAGGAGCAGCCGCAUCUCUCUGAAAGCCCUGGUGCCCAGCGAUGGGGCUCUGGUAUUCACUGCCUGACUACUGCCUCCCCAUGGGAUGAUCCUGUUUUCUGGAAAAAUGCAGCAUCACUCUGGGUCUGGUGGACCCCAAUUGUCUAGAUGGCAGAGAGGCAGGAACAUGCUGCAGGCAAAAUAGGAGAGGUGGAUCCAGGGCAGUUGGGGAGGGAUGAUGAGGAUCUGGCUCUGUGCAAGUGCUCCUCCAGCAGAACAGGGCUGGGGC